AUGGAUAACCAGACAGCGGGUAGUAACGAAGCAGGUAUCCCUGAAGCCGGGAGCGAGGAGUUCCCGGGGGGCCAAAGCGCUUGGCUUGACAACGGUGAUGGUACCGCUCCCUUGUACCAUCACCGUUUUGAUCCAAACUGCGAAGGCUGCAGACAGCAAGCCUAUGAUAGAGUGCAGCAGGAGAUAUUGGCGCGGCCCCAACAGUGGGCAAACAUUGAAGAGCACACUCAAUUUUACCAGCUACCUCAAUCAAGUAUGAAUGAGGACGAGGUUUUUCCUUCGCUGUCCGACUUUGAGGACGUUACUUAUUUCAACCAGCCAUACUUGGCUCAGUAUGGGGGACAGCAGAACGACUAUCAGCAGGCGCAGCAUCAGCAGCAUCAGCAGCACCAGCAGUACCAGCAGCAUCAGGAGCAGUAUCAGCAGCCGUUCCCGUCGUUGCUCACUUCCGCUGAGGAGUCGCAACCAGCUUUUGGGUUGCACACCUACGUGCCUGAUGAGGCUAUCGAGCCUCUUCUGUUUCAGCAGAUGCCAGGUGCUGAGACCUUUGAGCAGGCUGCUUUUCAGCCAACGUCUUUUGAACCAACUGCCGCUGAGCCAGUAAUCUAUGGGCCAGCUACUAUUGAGCCCACGAUGUUUCAACAGCCCACGGGGCUUGAGCAUGCGUUUGUGCCUUCGAAUGCUGAACCGGCUGAGUUCAACUUUAACACAUUGCCGCAUGGCGGAAUGCAACAACCAAUUCUAGGCGAGCCCUGGGGAAUGACGCACGACGGCGGUCUCUUUGAGCCGGCUCCUGAUGAAUACAUCAAGCGUGAGGCAUCUACCGAGGAAAGCUCUCAUAUCUCGCAGAUGUCUGAGACUACUUCCCAAGUGCAGAACCCCCAAAACCCAGCUCAUUAUGAGCCAACUGGCCCUGGUCGAGUUCCUGUACGGGCUCCCCGAAGACUUCUCCCAUCCAACGGCCAUCGUCAGAGACCGGUCCACCGCCAGCCCGAAGUGCGAGCUCGCCGUCUUCCCGUGUUACAGCUGUCCUCUCAAGCAGGCUCGGAAAGAGCUGCUAAAGACCUUUUUCUUGUCCAAUCAAGACGCCAGAAUAUUUCGUAUAGAGAUAUUAAACGCUUGGGAAAUUUUACCGAAGCGGAAUCAACCUUGCGUGGCAGGUACCGCACCUUGACCAAGGAGAAGAAGGACAGGGUCCGAGACCCUAAGUGGACGGAAAUUGAUAUCCACUUACUCAAGGAGGCUGUUCGCGUGAUUGGCCAUGGAUUACACCCUGACCGGGCCAAAAUCUCCUGGAUGGCAGUAUCCAGGUAUAUAAGCAACCAUGGUGGGAGCUAUGGCUUCGGAUAUUCAACCUGCCACCGCCGAUGGUCACACCUCGAAGCCACUGGUCAGUUGGACGAAACCGGCUAUGAUGAUAGUUGGGUUGAUGAUGACGACGAUGCCGAGACUCUCGCUAAGGCGGAGGAAGAACUCGAGGAGAGAGCCGAAGAAGAUGAAGAUGAGGAUGAGGAUGAGGAAAGCGAAGAGAGUGAUGAGGAGGACGAAGGCGCCGACAUUGGCGAUAAGGACUACGAAGAAAACGAGGACGCAAAAGAUGAUUGCCAAAUGGCUGAGAAGGACCCCAAGCAUGAGAGUCAGAGCGAAGAAGAAAGCAACAGCUCCAGCUCCAGCGACGACGACGAUGGUGUGCCCAUCAAAACUGAGAUCAAGGAAGAGUGA